CAUGCGAAGUGGAAGUAAGAGAACAAUAUAGGGUUCUUUUAUUUCGCGUUCGAUUAAGAUAAUGUAAAAGGUUUUUAUAUGUGGUUCUUAUUUUAUAGUAUUUCAUAUAGUGUGCUUUUAUAAACGUUAUACUUCUUUAAAUUAUCGGUGGCGGGCUGAUUCACAUAUUCUCAUCAAUGUAUUCAUGUAUCAUUCCGCGAACUGAUGGGAAAAGGAAAAUGGGAAGUAAGGGAUGUGUAUGUGCAUUGUCUUCUAAGUGAAUGCCUGGAUUCGUUUGGAAAUAUUUAGCGAUGUGCGAAAAGUCUGGUUGCUUGUGCACAGUACUCAUUUGUGUAGAGGAUGGAUGUAUGUUGCGAGUGAAUGAGUGGGAAAACAUAUCAAGUGCACCGAAAAAUUGCAUGGCUGCUAGUAUUGUCUGUAGGCCCGGGGCCUACCUGUGACAAGAGCAGCCAUUUGCAGUGGUAAUACAUUUAGUUUGAUUUGAGUGCUUCGCACAGUAUGCAGAAACGCGAAGGAAGAGAUCGAGAAAGGGAUAAAGAUAUACGAGACGAAUCUUCAAAAAGGGUUUCACGAUCAAGUGCAGGAACAAGAACUAACAUGCAUACAAGUCGGCACAGUGUAUCCACAAGUUCGGGUGUGUUGAUGGUUGGACCCAACUUCAGGGUAGGAAAGAAGAUAGGAUGUGGAAAUUUUGGCGAAUUGCGAUUAGGAAAGAACUUGUACAACAACGAGCAUGUAGCCAUCAAAAUGGAACCGAUGAAGUCAAAAGCACCGCAACUUCAUCUGGAAUAUAGGUUUUAUAAACUAUUAGGAUCUCAUGAAGGGAUUCCCCGUGUGUAUCACUUCGGUACGUGCGGAGGGAGAUACAGUGCCAUGGUCAUGGAACUGCUUGGCCCGAGUCUGGAAGAUCUCUUCGUACUGUGUAAUCGCAGAUUUAACCUGAAAACUGUUGUCAUGAUAGCCAUUCAGCUACUGCACAGGAUAGAAUAUGUUCACAGCCGACAUUUAAUAUACAGAGACGUAAAACCUGAAAACUUCCUAAUAGGACGCAGUACCACAAAAAAGGAUAAGAUCAUUCAUAUUAUAGACUUUGGCUUAGCGAAAGAAUAUAUAGAUUUAGAAACAAACAAGCACAUCCCAUAUCGGGAACACAAAAGUCUCACAGGGACGGCGAGGUACAUGAGCAUAAACACUCAUUUAGGAAAAGAGCAAAGUCGACGGGAUGACUUGGAGGCUCUAGGACACAUGUUUAUGUACUUCUUGAGAGGCAGUUUGCCAUGGCAAGGCCUCAAAGCAGACACACUGAAGGAGCGGUACCAGAAGAUUGGCGACACAAAGAGGGCUACUCCUAUCGAGGUUCUCUGUGAAGGACACCCAGAGGAAAUGGCUACGUACCUGCGUUAUGUGAGAAGACUGGAUUUUUUUGAGACUCCGGACUAUGAGUACCUCAGAAAAUUGUUCCAAGAUCUCUUUGAGAGAAGAGGCUAUGUAGAAGAUGGAGAGUUUGACUGGACAGGGAAGACAAUGUCAACCCCAGUGGGAUCCUUACAAACAGGUCAUGAGAUUGUGGUAUCACCCAACAGAGAUCGCCAUCCAACUGCCAAUAAGGGAGCUGGCAAAGGACUUCCUGCGUGGCCAGACAUCCCAAAACAACAGGGGAACCAGUUAGGCAACCUUACACCUGCUGACCGACAUGGAUCAGUUCAGGUUGUGAGUUCAACUAAUGGUGAAUUAGCAAAUGAUGAUCCAACAGCUGGGCAUUCCAACACUCCCAUCACAGCACAAGCAGAGGUUGAAAUUGUAGAUGAAACAAAAUGUUGUUGUUUUUUCAAACGUAAGAAGAAGAAAUCAGGACGUCAGAAAUGACUAGCGGUUGUGCAGUGCAGUCCAGAGCGUGAGGCAGUGACAUUGCUGCGGGCUACGUCCCAUUCCAACUCCAGGGACAGUGUCCUCAACAAUCCUAGUAACAGCGAGUUUGCUCGCUACCCUACGCCUGCCAGUGUCACGUGAUGAGACAGGGGAGCACCUACACAGCCACCGCCAUCAUGCCAAGCCUCCCUCCCUCACCUGGUGCACCACUACAUAUUAUAAUUAUUAUAUUAUACAUAAUAACUAAGUCUAGUGUGUUGUGGUGGUACAGUAUGUUGUAUGCAUGUAUGUAUUUGGUACAUUUGUGGUGUAAAUGGGAAGCGUGAAGGUGGUUGAGUUUACAGAGUUACAUUUUUAAUGUAGCCAAAUGUGAAUAGAUGAUUCUCAUGUGGAUUGAUAUGAUGACUCACUUGCUUAAAUGCAUUGAACAUUGUGUCAGAUGUCAUAUUAGUUGAUUCAAUAAUUCAUGUGUCUGUAAUGUUUUGAUAGAAUGGAUGACUGCGAGAAUGAAUAUGUGAAAGUGAAUGUUAGGUUCAUAGAAUUAAAAUGACUGAUUUCCUCUUUGAAUGAACCUUAGUUGGAUCAUUCAUAUUUAAUGUGGGAGAUACUUCUCAAUAUGGCUUUGUAGAUUGGGGGAAUAUCAUCAAUCACUUAAAAAUGUUGGAACUGGAGGUAUCAUGCAGAAAGAGACUGGGCCUUCCAUAAGGAGAAACUGGUGUGUUUGUGGGGAAAUGCUAUUGCAAAACAGUGGGCACAUGGUGGCGGCCGUUUGGUGUAUCAUAGAUCUACCCACUCUUACCAUCAUCAGUAUUUUAUGUGCAGAAUUAAAUGCCAGAAAAUUUCCGUGAGUAUCAUGCUGUGCUGUUUUAUUGAUUUUUUAAUUAAUUUUGAUUUGUGGUAUCCAAGAAACAAAGGCUAAUCAUCAUUUAAACCAGUCAGACUGAUCAGCUCUCCUAUUGUUUCUUGAUGGAAUGGGUUGUGAUUUGUUUCUCUUCAUUCUUAUUCCAUCCAAAUAAAGCUAACUCAAGAGAUUGUAGAAAGAAAAAACAUUUCAUACAUCAUUUGAAUGUUUGACUUGGAUCAGUUCUAAAAUAUAGUAUAGACAACUUUAAAAAGUGGCUAAAUAAGUAUAACCCAGUAACUGUGAUUUUUAUCUUACUCCCUGCUGUGUUUUCAUUAUUGAUAAAGGCAAAAUGCCAGUGUCAAAAACAACUAGGAUAUUGACAGAAUGUGGCUUAUAUAAUUGUUUUCUGCAUGCCAUUAGCCAAGUCACAUGAGAUUGGUUGCUCUAUUCCUUGCACUUCACAAUAAUCUGAGGACCUACAAAACUGUGGCUGUUUGCCCGUUUGUAGUCCAGAUCUACUUGUGUUCACAUAAAUUUAAGUGCAGCUGUUAGCAAAUUAUUGCAACUUUUUAAGCCUGUCUAAGACAGCUUACAGUUACAGUCUCACUUAGGAACUUUAAAUGAACUUGAACAAAGUUUAGAGCAAUUUUAUGUGGUGAUACAUACCUUGACUCACAAAAUUCGUACUUUGUCAAAUCAUUAAAUUCUUUACUGUGUAACUUGGAAAGUAAUAGGAUUAUAGAAUUUUAGCUUCAGUUUUGAAUGUCAUUUUGACCAUGCACUUGAUACAUGACCAUGGCUGGCAGAAAUUUGUGUUGUGAAUUUUGUAGCCAUCUUUGUAAGCAACAGUUUAAAUUACAAAUUAUCGACUUGAUUGCAUAGUUUAACAUAGUGUUUCUUUCAUGGACAUAUAUUUUACAUUUGAAAUUUUAUAUACAAUAGUAGACUUGACACAAUUCUGUAUGGUCACUGGUAUCAGUUGACUUCUGGUAAAUUUUCCAGGUUUUCAUUGUAUGUGGAGUUGUUGCAAACAAGCUGUUUGUUGGUUUAAUAGAUUGUACUGAGAAUUUUGCAGGUCAUUAAGUAUUUUUUUUGGAGGAUUUAAAUGUCCAGGAUAAUGUAUGAUUUUUAAAAAUAAGCAACAAGCUUGGUCAAAGUACAUUUUAAUUUUUGAAAGACAUUAAAGUAUGAGUUCCCAAGUAGUGCCUACUUCCAUAUGGCUGCUAAAAAUAAGAAACCAUCUUCAUAUGACAAAAAUGUUCCCUAAAGAAGUGACAUCUUCUAGUACCAGUCUCCUUAAAUAUUUGCAUACUUUUGUGCAUGCUGUUAAUUAUUCUUUAUUUAGAAAAUGUGUAGAGGUCAGAAUAAAAAAGAAAGUUUAUUUAUGUUGAGUCAGAGGCUGAAGCAAUAAGUAGUCUGCUAGUUCUAACUGGAGAAAAACUGAGAAGUGCUUACUGACAAAUUUCUAUGUUUCAAUUUUAAUGUACAUAUAUUUCUACCCUUUUAAAUAUUUGACUGAAGUAGGUGUUCUACUGAAUUUAUGUCUUAUCGAGCCAGAUUGACAUAAAGCAUGAUUUUAAUAUAUCUUAAUGAUGUGUGACUUUCAUUUGAGGUAUGAAUUAGGUAUUUAUGUUGUUUUCAUUUAUUUUUAUUUUAUCUUUUAUUUCAGAGCUUUAGAGUAUUCAGUAUCAAAUAAUUACUUCAUGUCCACAAGAGUCUGACCUCAGCACAUGUUAUUACAGUGAAUUUAGUUUGUAUGGUGUAAAAAAAAUUACUUUUGUAAUGCUAUGGAAAGAAAUGCUUGGAGUUGUGUAUUUGCUUUUUUCUGCAAUAUAUUUUAAUCAGUCCAUAAAUUAUGAAAGACAGAAUAACUUUGAUAGCAUAUUGUAAUAUCCUCUUCUAAUCAAAGUAAUACAUUCUUAGUCAUGAAUACAACAGGUUUCUACAAAGGGUUCAAAUUGCAUUCUCCAUGUAUCCAGUCAGGGAAGUAGUCAAAAUUACAAAUAAAUCCAGUGCUUUAUUUGUGUAUUAUAUAAUGCCAACCUCAUUAUAAUCAAAUGAUACUUUUCUUAAUAUGAUUUUUUAAUUUAUGAAGAUUUUGGUAUGAGAAAGUCCGAGUUGCAUAAUUGUGCUGAAGUUACAUUUACAUUCAUGUUCUUUGAAAAUUGUCAGAGUAAUGAAAAUAUCAGGAAUUGUUCCAGCUCUUUGAGCGCUUGUGCUCCCCCCUCUCCGUGUUUCAUUUUUGCUAUUCUUUGUAUGUUCUUAUCAACCAUUUACCCCUUUUGUCAUUAAGCAUAAAAUAGAGGACUUGAAGGAAUAUUACCCACUUCUCUACAGAAUUUGGAAUUUGCCUUGUAAGCAUAUUCACUGUUUUGAGUACAAUAAUUCAAAUAUUGUGGAACUUGCUUGAUAUUGCAAGUGAGAAAUUUGGUGAGUUUCACAUAUAUUAUUCUAUUAUAGUGUUCAUUACUGUGUAAUCAUGCAUCAAACAUUAGGUGUUAAGUUAGAAUUCUGUAUGACAUAACCAAGUAGUGUUAUUUAUAAUUCACUGAUCUCUGAUAAGUUCACCAAACAAAUAUUACUGUACCUUGCUGAUGUAUGAGUCAUGCAUUGAAGACAAAAUUUUGGAGUUUCGUGUAACGUAAAAUGUUGUCCAUACAUAUAGCACCACAUAAUCUUCACCAGCUCCUUACCUUGGCACCGUAUGAAGAUGAGUGACUGGUCGAUCUUCACAUUGAGCUGUCCAUACCCUGGAUAAAAUUACUGUACCUGUUGCAUAACAGACUGGUAUGCCCCACAGCCGUUGCUUGUAAGAAGGUAAGCGAAAACUUUCAGAAUUCCAGUUAACUUAAACAACUAGACAGUGACUAAUUAAUUUUUCCUUUUCACUCCUACGUGAAGCAUAGGGCCUCUCUUUUAAAAGGUUUCAGGAAUCUGUUAGACAUUUGGUAGGACUCCUUGGAUGAGUGAUCUGUCUGUUGCAAGGCCUCUACCUAUACACAGGACAGCACAACACAGAAAGAUGUGGCAAACAUCCAUGCCUUUUGUGGAAUUCUAACCCACGGUCCCAGUGUCCGAGCGCACAAGGCCUAUGCCUCAGAUCGCAUGGACACUAUGACCAGCAGACAGUGAUAUGCCAAAGGAAAUAUUCACUUCAUUAAUUGGCUAUAUUUCAUCACAAGGUAAAAGACUUGAAGACAGACACCAGUCUCUUGUUAUAUGAUAAAGUUCAGAAAUUGAAGGAAAAUUAAUUAGAUUUGCAGUUAGUUUCUGCCUGAAAUACAACACGACGUUUCUCCAUCACAAAGAUCAGAUGGUUCAAGCUGUUAGGUAAAUUAGUGAUAUUUAUUCUAAGAGCCACUUGAAACCUGUAGGUACACUGUGGGCUUUAAUAUAUUAAUAAAAAGCUACUCUACAGUAGUUUGUGCGCAUACGGACAUACUUCCACAGUCUACUUUUAACUCAUUAGCAUACAAUUUUUCUCAUUUUACUGUGACAAAAAUGACUAUUUUGACAACAUUGAAGUUAUUUCCAUCGUUCUUCCAGAGAACAGCAAGCAAAAAGGUUGUUUUCCUCUCAAUUUUCAACACAUUUCCUUCUGUAUAAUGGAAUUAGCAUGUACAACAUUUUAAUGGUUUCUUUGUAUUAGAAGAUAGUAUUGAAGCUGGUUACUUGUAAUCCUUUCAGGUCACUUGGGUUAAAUUCAAAUUCAGACAAAACCCACAUAAAGUUUGAAAUUCGGUGUUAUUUGCACCUGUGCAUAUGAAAAGUAUAUGGAUGCUAUACAAGCAGUUGGAAUUACAUUUGUGCAUGUGGUAUGCAAUGAAGUGCCUGCAGAAUUGUUAAAAAUUUUAUUUUCAAAGGAAUGAAAUUAUAUAUUAUGUUUCACACAUUCCAAAGAGGUUGUGAACAUUGUUGGUUAUUUAAAAUGUUUUGCAACAACUCCUAAUGUUUUAACUGGAAGUAAUGUGGAUGACCUAUGUCAUGUUAACCAUGUUAUUGUAAGGCUACCAUUAUGUUCAGUUAUAUUAACAGUUCCUCUCAGCCUUAAUCUGUGGUAGACAUUUCCCACAAUUACAAAGUGGUUUUAUAUAUACCUGCAAAUCUUGUGAAGCCACUAUAGUAAUGUAAAUGAUAUAUAGUCCAUACUGUUAAUGUAGUUUUUAAAAGCUGCAACAUAUGGUUUUUAAAGUAAAAGUACAACCAGUUUUUUUGUUGUGGGUAGUGUUCAUAGUGCCUGUGCUGUCAAGUCAAAAGAAGUAUCAUUACAUUUUUAGUAUGGUGCAAUGCCAUCAGGCACAGGAAUGCAAGAUGAAAGGUUUAUGAAACCAGUGACAUAUUGUUUUAAAUUUAGAUAUCUGCCCUGGAAUACAAAAUCUGUGAAUGUAUGAACUUUAUGGCACUAAUGUAAAAGGGACAUCAUAUUUGAGAGGAGAUUUGUUGCUGGAGUCAGCAGGCAUAGUGUUUGGUGAAAAUGGGAUACUUAUAUAAAUCAUAGGGUGUUUGGGUUUGCUUAAAAAAACAACUAUAAAUUAAUGAAUACUGUUCUUUUAAUGGAGAAGAUCCACAGUAUAUUUCUGCCACAUUAUCAAGAUGUAUUGGUUUGUAAACCUUUCCAAAUUGUAUUUUCUAGACGUGGUUUGACUCGAUUACGUGUGAUCAGAAAUUAAAAACUAUAUAUGGUUUCUUCAGCGUGAAUGGACAAAAACCACUGUGAUAAAUUAUGUAACACUUGUUCUAAUGGGAUUGAUCUAGCUUCCAUCUUUGUACAUAGUGAUCCCUGUGAAUGAGAUGGGAUUAUAUUCCAAGAAUUGUGGCAGCCAAAGUGAUGAAUUUACUUUAGUGCAUCUUCUAAGUCUGUGACAGUUCAUACAUGUCAAUUUAUGCAUCAUUUGUAGACUGAAGUAUGUACAUUGUUGCAGCUGCCAAAGGGAGGAAAAUGUAUGAUGUCAUUCAUGAAAAUAUAUUUAACAGCAUAUGUUACAAUAUGAGGAAUGCUGUACUUUCAAGAGAAGAAGCAAUGCCCAACCAAUUUUGGUAAUAUGCUCUCUCUAUUUGAUAUGGGAUGGUUUAAUUUGCCAAUCAUGGAAGGCAUAUUGCUAUGUUAAAAACAUUAAUAUAACUUUGUGAUGAUUUGCAAAUAUACUGUAAUGUUUUAGUGAGGUUUUGUUUGUCUGUUUACUAUCUUGUCUUUUCAUUCAACAUAAGCUGAGACAAAAUGGAAUGAAGUGAAUGGUAUUUUUAAGUAUUAAGAUUGCAUCCAAAGUGUGUGAAGUUGAUUAUUUAAGAAAACUCUAUAAUGUAUAUAUUAAUGAGCACACUGUUCUUAUAAUUGUUUUGUGGCAAUAUAAAUAUUUCUUAAGUUCUACAAUCGGCUCUCAGAUUACUGGUGAAGAAAGAUGGGUCCAAUGUUUUAGAUAUGCUUAAUUAGAUACAUAAUUGUAUCUUUUUUUAGCCCAUUGUUGCCAAUUGCCAUAUUGACUGUCAUCAAUUCUUCCCCCUUGUGUGUGCAUUGUGAGAACUGCUUUUAUAGUGAGAAAGCCCGUAGGAAUUUCCAUGUAAAAUAUUGUUUCCAAAAUGAGAAAAAUAAAACACUAAAAUGUUAAUAUGAUA